UUCUGUGGAAAACAAGGCAGUUGUAAGGUUUAUUGGAACCUUAAUAUCUUCGUACAAUAUUCAUCAUCUCAGAAUCAGCCACGAGCCUUGUAGUAAAAAUCAGUCAGAAGGUUCUCUUAAAUAUAACCUCCUGCCGAUGGAAUCAUGGUGCCCUGCAAAUCCUUCAGUGUUUCGGAAUAUAGACCUCCAUGCCCGUUACAUUGACAAGAUUCCAAGUUGGAUGAUCUCGCUUGGAAAUCUCCGUGGGCUAGAUCUCAGUAUGUGUCGUAUGGGACCAGAAGACAUGGCGAACCUUGGAAGAAUACCCGCUUUGACUUCUCUGAAACUGGGGACUUUCUACGGCAGAAAUGGAAGGAUCUUCAUCCAUGGGUUCAGGUAUUUGAAGUAUUUCAAUCUGAAGCUCUGGUCUUGUGGGACUGCAGUGGAGUUUGAAGAGGGAUCAAUGCCUAAGCUGGAGGUGUUCGAGCUUCACUUUGCGGCGCAUACGAUGGAGUGUGUGAGUUUCGGCAUCCAGCACCUCUCUGCCCUCACAAAGGUGGACCUCUUUAUUGAUGGCACCGAUGACAUUAAGAAUGAGAUUCAUGGACUUAUGGAAACUUCUCUUGGGAAGCUUCGCAGCCGUCCUACGCUCUCCUUAGAUGGGGAUGGUGGUCAUAGUUCUCAAUCGGACUGUGUCCAUUUUGAAGAAUUGUUCAAAGGACUAUACCAACAGGAAGCCGCUAAUAGUGAUCAACACAUACCCGGAAGUGACUAUUUCCCCUUUUUGGGUCGGAUAGUGGAGGAAAAUAAUCAAGAUGCGAAGUCAUGCUUGAGGUUGCUGGAAGAGGAACAUGAGGUGCAUCAUUGAAGGAACCACCAGUUACAACACCAUAUGCCCUUAUGUGUUGUCCGGCCGGGUGGGUUCAGAUAUAAAUUACACAGA